AUGAGCCUCGACACCGAGAAGUACGCGCGGCUGCAAGCUGUUACGUCCAUGGAAGACCUCCUGGCUAGCGUCGAGCAAUUAACCUCCCGCCACGCCAGCUACCUUCAGAACAUCGCCGACAUGUUCGACGUGAUGCAGAAGCACAUGCCGCGAAUUCGCACUUACGCCGAGCUUUUCACAAACGCCAAAAAUGUGGAAAGAGGCGUUGUCGGUCUCUACCAAGACCUGAUCACUUUCUGCCUGGAUGCUAUUCAAUUUCUUAGCCGCAAUCCCAUUGGUUUUAACCUCUUGCAUUUGACCUUCCCGCUGAAGUCGACCCAAGUCAAGUUCAACAAGACUCUGGAAAGCAUUCGAGAACACACGCACUGGAUCGAUGUCGAAGCAUUCGUUGUGUUUCAUCAGAGAGCCAUGGACACGAGCGCGAGGCAGCAUGAGGAGAUUCUUGCCGCUCUCUCGGAUGAUGCUAGGGCCCGCCAACAGCCUCCGGAUACGGCAAGUCGGAAAACGACCUACCGUCUUCUUGGAUGGCUCGAGAACCCUUCGUUCUACGGGCGCCAGGACGAGCUCGAGGCAAUGGCGCGGGAGCUGCUCGACUUGACAGAUCAACAACUGCGAAUAUUCAGCCUCAUCGGGAUGGCGGGCGUCGGCAAAUCGCAGAUCGCAUUGCGCUUUGCAUACCUCCACCGGGACGAGUUUGAUGGCGUGUUCUGGAUACCCGCAGACGAGCCCACAAAGCUUGCCCAGGGCUACGCCGACAUAGCGAAAGAGGCAGGGUUGACAGAUGAUGCUAGUAGCGCAUCGGAAGAUACAACUUCAGCCCGCAGCUGGCUUCUUAUCCUGGACAACCUCGAGGAUAUACACAUCAUGCGCAACUAUUGGCCCAUCGGAGGCAAGGGGAGGAUCAUCAUCACAAGCCAGAAUGUGAACGCCAUGGAACCCCCUGUUACGGCAAGCAAGUUCAUCGAGCCGUUCAAGAUCCGCGACGGCGGGCAUGCUUUUCUGUCCUUCCUCCCGGAGAUCGCUAGGCAGGAGCCCGGGGCUGAGGAUGACGCUCAACGCAUCAGCACGGCUUGUGGCGGCUUGCCUUUAGCUUUGUACCAGUGUGCUAACUUCCUCAAUCUAACUCACAUGUCAGUGGCGGAGCUGACUCGACUCUGCGCGAAGUCAGCGUCCUUCGUUCGGCCUGAAUCCCUUCUAAACACAGUCCCCGAGCAGAGCUACUACUACGCAGGCAACCUUUCGACGGUCUGGCGCCGGCCUCUACAUGCACUUUCCGGUUCUUCUGGCUUCAUGUCCAAGCUCCUUGCAUGGUUCGACCCAGACUCGAUUCCAGAGACGCUGAUGAAAGAACAAGGGAAGAUUCGGAGCGGACUUGACAAAUACAUCACCAACGAAGCAGAGUAUUUCCUGAGCAUUAAGUCCCUCCUUUCUCUUGGUUUAUUAGUCAAAAGCACAGACAGCGGCGUGUUUGGAAUGCACAGACUUGUCCAGGCUACGAUACUCAACGAGAUGAAUCUGGAUGAUAGGCUCAAGACCUUCCAAGUCGCACUAGAACUGAUCAACCAAGCAUUCCCCACCCAAGAGGACUGGGAACAACAAACAGGCCAUUGGAGUGAAUACAGUCGAGCUCUACCGCAUGUCAAUCGUUUGGAAGCUGUCCGUGGCGAACUCGGAAUCGUCCCGGAACCGGCCCUGGCUCAUAAACUCGGAGACGUAUUGGAACGCGCUGCCUGGUAUCUGUACGAGCGUAGACAGCUCGAUGAAUCACUCAGUCUGUUAGACAGAGCUGAAGGAGUGGCUGAAGAAGCGCUCUCCCACGAUUCCCUAGAGCCUUCCGUUGAUCAAGCUCUCAAGUCCCUCCUUUUUGAUAUCAUGAACGAUCGAGCAUGUAUCAAGUUUGCUGAGUGCCACUUUGCCGAAGCAAGGGAACUCUACUCCAAGUGUCUCGACCUCAAAAAGUCCAUGGAUUCGCCGUCAGAAAACGAGCUGUGCUUGCUAACCAGCAAUGUUGGCAAUGCUUAUGCCAACAUGGGCAUGCUUGACGAAAGCUUUGCCUGGUUAAAGAAGGCCUUCGACAUGCGACAGCAGCUUCUGCAGUCGGUUCCGGAUCCUGACAAGUUCAAAGACCAGCUAGCCAGAGACUGGGGGACACUUGCAGGGUGCCUCUGGCUGCGGGGAGAUUUCGACCUCGCUUGGUAUUGCUAUGUUGUGCUCGGAAAUAUUCGAAAGAGCCAGAAGUUCAUGGAGGAGGCGAAGCAGCUGCAUCUCAAGGCCUUGAGCAUCUAUACGGACAAGUAUGGCGCACAUUACACCACUGCGCUCGCCUUGCAUCGCUACGCGAACAUACUAGCGGAGGAAGGAAGUGUGAAAGAUGCAGUUGAUAUGCUUAGCCAAGCCAUCACCAUACUGGGCGACAACCCGCACUACAAGGCAGCUCAUGCGCCAUCUCUUUUUCUGAAAGCUGAGCUGCUUGAGAGGGUUCCCGGCGGCGACGCGUCUAUUCCUCGCGCCAAGGCUUUGCAACUCUACGCAGAGCACACGGGAUCCUGUCUCCAAGAGGUCGAGCAGAGGCAGCUUACAAUGCAGAGCUUCAACAACUUCGUCAGUUGCUGGCAAUGGUAG